UUUGCGUUACGAAUGGAUGCACUACAAAUGCAGCAGGCGCCCUCCAAGACCAAGGGGAAAGCCGUGGAAUCCGAAGAAGCUAGUAAGCCGAGCGUAUUUUCCAAUAAAAAGAAGUACGCGAAGCACCAGCUAUCCACUGCGGUUUUGUCUACGGAGGCAAAGGAACCAACUAGCAGUGACCUCUUAUUUUCUGGAACACAACUACAAACUGUCAAAGUUUCCGUACGAUCGGCUUCCAGUCAAUCAACACCUGACCGAAGACUAGUUGGGCACAUGCCAGGUCCUGCUGAGACAUGGAACGCCGUCAUUGAGGGAGAGGAAGGUCACUAUAGCCACAUGUGUCUCUCCCGCUGGCAGCAGAUAGCGUUAUUCCGACGCUUUCCAGAUGUAGUGAAUGUAGACGGGACACAUGCAACAAACCCCCUUGGAUAUAAACUGUACACAUUCUUGAUAACGGACGGCAUGGGAACAGGGCGUCCGGUUAUGUAUGCGUUCGCAGAGAGCGAGCAGUUUGCUCCCAUGCGUAAACUGUUAGGCUUAUUCAAAGAAAUGAUGGGCGAAGCGUAUCCGGUCAGGACCUUUGUAAUGGAAAAGUUGGCGGCGCAAAUGCGUGCGGCAAGAGUCGUGUUCGGCUGUGACAUUAUGCUUUGCUACUUUCAUGUCCGCAAAGCCAUCAGGAAGCACACACAUUCUGCGAACAGCCGGCACAUAUUUCACCGCAUGGCUCGCCUGGACAAUGCUGUACAAUUCCGACAAGAUCUACAGCUUCUGCGUCGAACCGACCCCCGUUUUCUCUCCUAUCUUACGGCUCGCUGGUUGUACAUCACCCGAAAAUGGGCCAUACACGCACAGUCCGGAAUGGUUCAUUUCGGUAAUGUGACCAACAACCGACUGGAGAAUGCGAACGGGCGCCUUAAAGAUCAGGUGCACCACUCCGACACGUUGGAGCAUGCCAUUCAAAAGGUGUCCCGGCACGCCGAGUGGCUCAUGCGGGAGUUUGAGAUGCAUACGUCGUACCACUGCGACAGGCGGCAAAUCCUGGAGGGUGACGCCUACGUUCUAAACGUAGUCUGUCGAAUGACGACAUAUGCAUGCUCUCUCGUUUUGAGACACUUGGGUCCGCGACCGCCGCGGCAGCCGUAUGAAAGUGUCGAAACAAACAAGUUUGUGGUGCAAACACUUAGAUGCUCCCAGACUGUCGACACCUGUGCUGGAGAAUGCACGUGCCCUUUCUACCAGGCGAUGUGGCUCCCCUGUGUGCACCUGUUCUCUGUAUUCCCGUUCCGAGCAGUAAGAACUAUUCGGCUAGAUGAAAGAGAUGAAGAUGAUUUCAUCUUCACGUGUUAUUCAAAUUCACUGGGAACUGUCGCAUGGCCGUCGCAGUUGUUCCCAAUGUCCGGAUCAGCCGUACACACAGGAUCCCUACUCCGUAUGCUAAUGGUGGUUUCCCUGUGCUUCUACUGUAAUAUUGUUCUAUCGGAUCCCACGUAUGAAUAUUCCGUGAAUUCCGUUCCAGCUGAAUUCAUCGUUUCUUAUCACACACGAACAUUUUAUCGGCAACGCACCAGUCGACUGUGCUCCAUCUUAGACCACUUUUAUCUCAACUACUCGAUUCUUCCACGGUGGAACUCGAUUCCGAUUGCAGUUUCCAGCGACUUUGAUGUGAUUAUUGUGCGCAACCUCACUGAGCGCGAUUCGUCAUCCUUCGUCGCAUCACUCCAGAGACAUCCAUUCAUCAAAGGAGCAUAUCAACAGAAGCGGAUUCAGCGGUUCCUUCUUCAGCAUGAAGGAAGUGCUGAGGCUUCAGAACGACGGACCCCCAAACUGUUUGGAAAACAAUGGAAACCUCCUGUUCCCGGCACCAUACCACUGCAUGAAACCAAGCAACCUUGGCGCUUGCUACAAGUGGAAAGGCUGUGGGCCAGAGGUGUGUGCGGUGCGGAUGUCCGUGUGGGGAUCUUUGACACGGGCUUGGUGGACACAACCCAACAUCCCCACUUCCAUGCAACACGAGUGUUGGAACGGACAGAUUGGACCAAGUCAGAAUCUGGUGACAUGCUACGGGCAGUAGAUCCAACCCGCCGAUCAAAUUUGCAAGCACUGGAUGGGCACGGACACGGCACUUUUGUUGCUGGUCUCAUUGCCGCGGCCCAAAACAGUCCACCCUUCUUGGAUCAGUUUAUCUCCCGGUCUUCAGGAAGUUCGGGUUGUCCACCUGUUGGACUCGCACCAUGGGCCGACCUAUUCAUAUUCCGUGUGUUUACCGAUCAACAAGUCUCCUACACUUCGUGGUUCCUGGACGCUUUCAAUUAUGCGAUAUCGCGCAAGUUACAUGUGAUCAACUUGAGCAUAGGCGGCCCGGACUUUUUAGACCGGCCAUUUGUCGACAAGGUGUGGGAGCUGUCUUCCAACGGAAUACUAUUGGUAUCCGCUAUCGGUAACGAUGGGCCGGUGUUUGGCACUCUCAACAAUCCAGCUGAUCAAAUGGAUGUGUUGGGCGUGGGCGGUGUGGAUGCACUAGGCCGAAUGGCACAGUUCUCAUCUCGUGGAAUGACUGCCUGGUCAUUACCCUUCGGUUAUGGACAGGUGAAACCAGAUGUUGUAAGCUUUUCCACCGGUGUGAUCAGCUCCGGAUUGGAUGGAAAGUGCCGCACGCUUUCGGGCACAAGUGUCGCUUCCCCAAUUGUUGCCGGUGUCGUGGCCCUACUAAUCAGUGCUGCGUUGGAUCAGAACUCCAGAAGUUUGACAGACCAUUCUAUUCCCAGCGUGCCCAUAAACCCAGCUAGCCUCAAGCAAGUCCUAAUUGCAGGAGCCACACCACUUUCUCGUAUUCACCUGUUUGGAACGGAACCGAUACAAUGGCCAAACUCCCCGGAUUCGAGCAGUAUGUUCGAGCAAGGAGCUGGUUUGGUGGACUUGCGCGUGGCGUUCCAGACUUUGCAGCAACUGAAACCACAAGCCACAAUCAUGCCCAGCUAUUUGGAUUUCACCGAGUGUCCGUACAUGUGGCCUUACUGUUCUCAACCGUUCUAUCACACAAUGCAACCGGUUGUGGUCAAUUUGACGAUUUUGAAUUCAAUGGCAGUAAGCGGACAAAUUGUUGACGCUCCUGUCUAUCACCCUUAUUCUGAUCGGAACGGGCAUCGAUUGCGUGUGGGUUUCACCUACAACAAACAUCUGUGGCCUUGGAGUGGCUAUUUGGCUGUCCACUUCGAAGUUGAGUUCGAAUCGAACGACCCUCUCCCAUCAGACCGCUUUUCUGGUCUUGCCGAAGGAUACAUCACGUUGACUGUGGAAUCCGAAGAUGAUCUGACUAAAACAACCCUAUGGACCAAUCUGACUGUACCAGUGCGCGCUCAGAUCAUCCCCACACCAAAUCGGUCGCUUGGCGACCACAUUCACACGAAUAUGCGCGACUUGUACACGCAUCUUCGUAGUUCCAACUACUACGUUGAGGUUCUCACAAACCCAUUCACUUGCUUUGACGCUAGGAAUUACGGAACCCUGCUGCUCGUCGAUCCUGAGGAGGAAUUUCUUCCCCAAGAAGUUGAGAAGCUCUUCAUCGAUGUGACCACACUUGGAUUAUCUUUGUUGACGUUUGCCGACUGGUACAACACGAGUGUGAUCAAUGCACUUCGUUUCUUCGAUACAAACACAAAACGUUUGUGGACGCCGGAAACAGGUGGGGCAAAUCUACCGGCACUGAACAACUUGCUGAGACCAUUUGGUGUCGAACUGGGGGACAAAGUCUACGCCGGAAGCAUAACAAUAGGACGACGAACCAUUCGAUAUACCUCGGGUUCGAGUUUGAAAAAGUUCCCAUCAACUCAGCUGUCUUCUACUGCCGGGCGUGGAGGUUUAUUGCGACCAUCUUUAGUGGACAUUGGUGCUCAAGUGAUCCAGAAUCGCAAAACACCUGGCACCCAGGAAGAAUCAGUUGCCAAAAUUCGACAAGUGAGACAGUCCCAUGAGACAAUGAAUAUGCCCGACAACUGGCGACUAACUGCAAGUGAGAACGACCCCACUCCGGCUGUUCUGGGUUUAUGGACUGCUACACAUUCGAAUUCCUCUACCGGCCGCCUGGCUGUUUAUGGGGAUUCGGAUUGCCUGAGUUCCACUCAUCUAAAUGCAAACUGUUUCUGGUUGGUGGACGCCUUACUCCAGUUUGCCACGAGUCCUUUUGCUCGAAUUCCACGACCGCUGGCUGACCAGAUGGUUCCCGUGACGGACGCGAUGUUGGAUUCGGAAGCGGGGGUGCCAGAACGCUUGAAAGAUUCCAGUCUGCACAAAAUCAGCAACGUUCUUCUUGAUGAUGGACCAUCUCCUGUCGAGUUACCUAAUGGAAGCCUUCCACGUGAAGCCUAUCGCCUCGACUUCGUUUGUCCUCGAUUGCCACGGGGUCUAAUUGUCGCAACUACGUACAACCCCGAAUCCAGACUCAUCUACGAACCCCAACCUCUUCUGCUUCACCCACCCGUGGCGAAGGACUUGUUUCCUCUCACGGAUGCAUGGAAAUGUCGUAAGCCGAGGGGUUUCCAGAAUGGACAAGAAUAUGCCAACCUCUGGUCCCAACGUCUGUUCAUCUUUGGUGUGCUAGUUUUUAUCCUGUCCCUUCUCUAUCGAUGGGGACCUCGUCGUGUAAAUUUGUACCUUGUGAAUAUUUUAUACGAGUUUUCUAGAUUCUACGCGCUUGUUUUACGCCGAUUGUACGCAGUUAGAGUCGGUAUUAAACGUGAUAGAUAUGUUGUCUUGCCCGAACUACGAUGAACGUUAGCACAGCUAAUUCCUCGUUUAUUUAUUUUUGCUGUUUUCAGCUUAUUUUUCGCAGAUUUUACCUCCUUUCUCGUUGAAGACGAAAUGUUUC